CGCAACAUCCGGAUGCUCAGGCAUCGGGCGUCACGGCUGCUGGGGCGGGCUGGCACUGAAGUGAGGACGUGGCAGCUGGAGGAGAAACGAAGCGGACGACAAGGGGCGGGGCGCUUCCGGUGAGGGAGAGUUGAGCGACGGGCCCAGGAACCGGAAGCCAGCGGCAGCGGAAAGUCGGUAGCAACGGCCUCAGGGGCAGCCGGCUGAGGUGAAGAUUAGCUUGGGGAUGUGAACACAAUGAGCGUAAACCAGCAAGCUCACACAGGGCCACCUUAUGGACAGCCUCAGCCUGGAUAUCCAGCGUACCCACAGCCUGGUUAUGGAGGGCAGCAAAUCCCGGGCAUUCCUCCUUCUCAGUAUGGUGCUUACAAUGGUCCAGUGACAGGAUACCAACAGACAGGCCCUCCACAAGGUUACUUUCCUUCACUGGGGUUUCCUUCUAAGGGCUCUCCUGUUUCUCUUGAUUCUGAAGCUUCUUUUGCUCCUAACUUCAUAGGUUCUUUAAGAGCACCCACCACUUCUGGAGUGCCUGCUUCAACAUCUGGAGCAGCAGUUCCUCCUGGACAGUCUGCCUACAGUCAGUUUGGACAAGGAGAUGUGCGUAAUGGGAUUCCUGCUUCCAUGGUUCCGUUGCAGAGACCAUCUGCUUCUCAACAGUUCAUGCCAGGCACAGCACCCACUUCUAUUAGCCAGCCAGCUACUUUCCAGCAAUAUGGUCCCCCUCCAACGAGCACGCAACAACUGACUAAUAAUAUGGCAGGAAUGCAGAUAAGCAGUGUUUCAACCUCUGUUCCUCCUCCAGCUGGACUGGGCUAUGGUCCCCUAACAUCAGUUCCACCUGCCUCAGGAAGCUUUACAUCAACUGGAUCUGGGCAAUACGUGUCAUAUUCAAGCCAAGGACCACCACGUCCUAACUUGCCCCAUGGAUUGCCUCCUACCAGCUUGUCUCAGGGUCUUCCCAUAGCACAGCCUGCUGUUUCUGGUCCUCCAACAUCAGCCCUGCGCCUUCCCUCUCAAGCUUCUGGGUUUGCCCCACCACCAACUUCUGCUGGGGUUGGAACUUCCAAUUAUCCUCCUGCUGCAGGAGUUUCAAGGCUUCCCACAAUACAGGGUGCAUCGUUACCCGGUCAAACAGUCGCUGGAUUGCUUGCUUCACAACCAAAUCAUGUGACCUCACCGCCACCUCAGCCGUCUUUGGCAGGGCCACCCCCUGGGCCACCAAUUACAGGCUUGCAAGGACCACCACCUCCCACCCAUCCUCCCCAACCAGGCUAUCAGUUGCAACAGAAUGGGUCCUUUGGUCAAAAUAGAGGCACCCAGCCAAACUAUGGUGCAGCUUACAGUGGGCCAGCAAAUUAUGCGAGUCAGCCUGGACCACCACCUCCACCAAAACGUCUUGAUCCAGACUCCAUUCCUAGCCCACAAUUCAAUGAGCUGCCACCUCAGCAGAAACCCAGACACAGAAUAGAUCCAGAUGCAAUUCCUAGCCCAAUCCAGGUAAUUGAAGAUGACAAGAAUAAUCGUGGGUCAGAGCCAUUUGUCACAGGAGUCCGUGGGCAAGUCCCACCCCUUGUUACUACAAAUUUCUUGGUUAAAGAUCAAGGUAAUGCAAGUCCCCGCUACAUAAGAUGUACAUCCUAUAAUAUCCCCUCCACUUCAGAUAUGGCUAAGCAGUCCCAAGUUCCCCUUGCAGCAGUCAUCAAGCCAUUGGCUACGCUUCCUACAGAAGAGACUCCUCCUUAUUUGGUAGAUCAUGGAGAAAUAGGUCCUAUCCGGUGUAAUAGGUGCAAAGCCUAUAUGUGCCCUUUUAUGCAAUUCAUUGAGGGUGGAAGAAGGUUCCAGUGCUGCUUCUGUAGCUGUGUCACUGAAGUGCCAUCUCACUACUUCCAGCACUUGGAUCACACAGGCAGACGAGUGGACUAUUAUGACCGGCCAGAGUUAUCAUUAGGCUCCUAUGAGUUCUUGGCCACUGUUGACUACUGCAAGAAUAACAAGUUUCCCAAUCCCCCAGCAUUUAUUUUCAUGAUUGAUGUGUCAUACAAUGCAAUAAAGAGUGGUCUGGUAAAGCUGAUUUGUGAAGAGUUGAAGACUCUCCUGGACUACCUGCCCAGAGAAGGAAACAUGGAAGAAUCCACUAUCCGGGUGGGCUUUGUCACCUACAACAAAGUCCUGCACUUCUAUAAUGUGAAGAGCUCCCUGGCACAGCCACAAAUGAUGGUUGUAUCAGAUGUAGCAGAUAUGUUUGUACCUCUGCUGGAUGGCUUCCUUGUGAAUGUCAGUGAGUCCCGCACAGUUUUCAACAGCUUGCUGGACCAGAUUCCAGAAAUGUUUGCUGAUACAAGAGAAACAGAAACUGUGUUUGCUCCAGUGAUCCAGGCUGGCAUAGAGGCACUUAAGGCAGCAGAGUGUGCUGGUAAGCUCUUCAUAUUUCAUACAUCACUGCCCAUUGCAGAGGCUCCAGGGAAGCUGAAAAACAGAGAUGACAAGAAACUGAUAAAUACUGAGAAAGAAAAGACUCUGUUUCAGCCUCAGACAGGCUUCUAUAGCAACUUAGCCAAAGAAUGUGUAGCGCAAGGCUGCUGUGUGGAUCUGUUUCUUUUUCCAAACCAGUACUUGGAUGUGGCUACUCUGGGGGUUGUUCCUUAUCAGACAGGUGGCUCCAUUUAUAAAUACACCUAUUUCCAGGUGGAAACUGAUCAGGAGCGCUUCUUGAAUGACUUGCGUAGAGAUGUUCAGAAAGAAGUGGGCUUUGAUGCUGUGAUGAGGGUGCGCACAAGCACCGGUAUUCGAGCGACAGAUUUCUUUGGAGCUUUUUACAUGAGCAACACAACAGAUGUGGAGCUAGCAGGCCUGGACUGUGACAAAACAAUCACUGUGGAAUUCAAACAUGAUGAUAAACUGAGUGAAGACAGUGGAGCACUUCUUCAGUGUGCUGUAUUGUAUACAAGCUGUGCAGGGCAGAGGCGACUCCGCAUUCACAAUCUCUCCUUGAAUUGCUGCACGCAACUGGCUGAUCUUUACAGGAACUGUGAGACAGACACACUUAUCAACUAUUUGGCCAAAUUCGCAUAUCGUGGAGUUCUGAACAAUCCAGUCAAGACUGUGAGAGAUACACUGAUCAAUCAGUGUGCCCAGAUCCUCGCAUGCUAUCGGAAAAACUGUGCUAGUCCCUCUUCUGCUGGACAGCUGAUUCUCCCAGAAUGUAUGAAACUGCUUCCUGUGUAUCUGAACUGUGUCUUGAAAAGUGAUGUCCUCCAGCCUGGGUCAGAUGUCACUACUGAUGACCGUUCCUACAUUCGCCAGAUAGUCACCUCUAUGGAUGUGGCAGAUACUAAUGUUUUCUUUUACCCCAGACUCUUGCCACUGACCAAAGUAGACUUGAACAGUGACUCCUUACCCACAGCAAUCAGAAACUCUGAAGAGCGCCUUUCAAAGGGUGACAUAUACCUGCUAGAAAAUGGACUGAAUAUGUUUUUGUGGGUAGGAGUAAAUGUUCAGCAGGGACUGAUCCAGAACCUCUUUGGAGUUUCAUCUUUCAGCCAGAUCAGCAACUCUAUGUGCGCUCUUCCAGUUUUGGACAAUCCCUUUUCAAACAGAAUACGAUCCAUCAUUGACAUGUUCCAGUCUCAAAGAUCACGUUACAUGAAGCUCAUGAUUGUGAAGCAGGAAGACAAACUAGAUAUGCUGUUCAAACACUUUUUAAUGGAAGAUAAGAGCAUGAAUGGGGGGGCUUCGUAUGUGGACUUCCUCUGUCACAUGCACAAGGAAAUUCGCCAGUUGCUGAGCUAGAGGAAGGAGUUAUGCUGGAUUCUGGCACUGAGAUUUCUGUCUUCACUAAUCACCUGAUGAAUGGGCCCAGCUCCUUCAAGAAGGACAAUACAGAAACCUGUACAAUUCCAUAUUUUUAAUACUGUCCAUAAGCAGAGUUUCAGCAUCUCCCAAACCCUUUGAGAGAGUGAGACCUGGAUAAACAGAACACCUACAUAGGGUGGUUGGGGGGUGGGGGAGGGCAGGGAGAAAGUUCUUUGAUUCCAGGUUUUAGGCCUGUGUCUCUUGUGCUUGGCAGGAAUCCAUGACCUCUGCCUCCUGCCACCUCAAUUCUGUUAUAAUAAAUGUCUGAGUUAACUGUACAUGAUUCAGCAUCAGGUUGAAAAGUGAUUGCUCUUCAAAAUUACACAGUUGCUGCUAUGUUUGUGCAUGUGUAUGAAUAGAAGCCAGAUAGAGGAGGACGGGUGGCAGGCCCUGCUCAAUCAAGGAGUAGGAGCUGGAUGAAGCAGCCAAGCAACGUUUUUCCACAUCUCCGCCUUAUAAAUGGAGGAAGCAGUAUGCUAUGGGCAGGUUAUAUAAAGUGGCUGUCUUCUUUUUAAAAAAAACAAGUUGCCCAAGCUGUGAGCCAGGAGUCAUACAGAGCAAUGUAUUGCAAAGGCUAUUGCAGUCGCAGACAUGCCUUCGGUGUAAUUGUGUUGCUGUGCAGAUUUGCGUUGGAAUAAGUGAGUAAUAAUGAGCAGGUGCUGAUUCCAGAAAUCUAUUUUGCAUUGGUAUGACCAGUUGUUACUACCACCCCUUUGAGGAACAGCAGCAUCCCCUUUUGUCUCUUUUGCUUGCAUCUUAUUUCUUUGUUCAGUUGCCUCUUUGCAUUUACACUUGCCUCACACUUUGAGAAGAUGGUCAUGCUUUUCACUUUGGAAGGGAAUGUUUAUAGCAAGGUGUCAUAAGGGACACAAGAGUAUGCUUGGAGAUAAUACAGUUGUGGUCAGUCUGAAUUGCAGCCAAGAAGCAUUGAGGAGUCCUGUAGUACCAUGUGGAAGGAAUAGUCCCUACCCCUACUCAAGGUUCAAAUUGGACACCAUGUAUUUUGCAGCUCGAACCUUUUGGUAGCUCUAAUGAAUUUUGACCAUUGAUAAACUAACAUGUAGCACUUGAAUGGUUACAUCCUGGAUGGUUCUCACUGGCUGAUCCGUAGUGGAUAUCUGUGGCAGGCCUGCUUAGCAGGUCAACCUGAUUAGUGGCUGGACCUCUCCAGGGCUGAGCAGAAGGCAUCCUGCUUGAUGUAGGCAAAAGGGAUUUCUGUAAAGUUCAGGCAACGAGUUUGAGAUUUCAGAUGCCUAAGAGCUCAUUAACUUUCAAAAGGAAAAAUAAAUGCGAUACGUAAGUAUUCCUGCAGUACCCAGGAUGUACCAGUGGAAAAGCAGCACUGAAACUAGAAAGAAGGAAAAGCAGGUUGGGAAAUUGCUUUAGGCAAAUGGUGGAUUAAGACUGAACAUAGGUAAAGCAUUCAAUUUGGCCAUUGACAUUUGAGUUGCAACCUUAUGUACACCACUGAUGAAAUAAUCCAGGAGUGUGGCUACUAGUCCCAUGACCUAUAGUGUGCGUGUUUGUAAAUAUUUUUUUCCUUCAAUUGCAAAUCCCUAGUUUGUCAUUCCUCUCAUUUACCUUUCAUCACAUAGCAAAGGGGAAUGUCCAGAAACUCUUAACUGACCACACCCCAAGGAGUUUUUCAGCAGUCUUAUACAUAUUUCCCUGUGUGGCUGAGAUUUCCCCCCUUCCUCUUCCCAAACAUACUUUCCAUACAAAAAUUUAGAGCUCUAUUAAACCAGUGAAGAGACUUGCUCCCCAAAAUAAGGCUAAACAACCAGAGUUCCACAAAGCUAAUUUCUAGAAUUAAUAUAAAAUAAAAAUAAGGUCAUAAAUCUUUUCUUCACUUUUUCAAUGCAUCUUUUAAUUUGUAAAGAAAUAAAAUUAUAUGAAGAUGUAUUUUAUGUCAUUGUUAGUAAAUAAAUACCGAUUAUUUUUUCCAAGCCCUGUAUUUUGGGGGAGCAGAGAAGACUGGUGUGUGGUUGACUCAAGUUCAGUAAUGGCAAAUAAAGCUGUUCUUUGCAAUUA